UAUUUGCUCGCCCCGUUAAAGUUCGUUGUUCGGCGUAACCGUACAGCCACUCUCCCUGUGGGUUGGGUUCCCAAAAACACUUCUUCCCCAAAUCUUAGGGUUUAGUUUACUUCAAUUCAAUCACUCUGCCCAAAUUCUGAUGAUCCAAUCCAAAACCCCACUACAUCAGGAAUUUGUUGCACUUCUUGUAAUCCGCGGCGUGUAAUCAAAUCGACCGAAUCUUUGGUUACUUAAAUGUAGUACUACUAUUUAAUCAUGGAGGCGUCGUCUGCUUCUAGCGUUAAUAGCGGCGGAGGCGAGGGCGGAGGGGCUGUCCCGCAGCCGGCUCCGAUCCCGUCGGCGAAUGCUCCGCCGCCGUUUCUGGUUAAGACUUAUGAUAUGGUGGAUGACCCCGCGUCUGACAAGAUAGUGUCGUGGAGUCCCGCUAACAACAGCUUCAUCGUGUGGGAUUCAGCGGAGUUUGCUCGAGACUUGCUGCCCAAGUACUUCAAGCACAAUAAUUUCUCCAGCUUUGUUCGUCAGCUCAAUACUUAUGGUUUCAGAAAAGUUGACCCAGAUCGCUGGGAGUUUGCAAAUGAGGGAUUCCUGAGAGGGCAAAAGCAUUUGCUUAAAAAUAUCAAUCGUAGAAAGCCUGCUCAAGGACACUCACAGCAGCCACAGCAGCCAAAUGGACAGGGUUCUGCAGUUGCAUCAUGUGUUGAGGUUGGGAAAUUUGGGCUUGAAGAAGAAGUUGAGUGGCUUAAGAGGGACAAGAAUGUGCUGAUGCAGGAGCUUGUAAGGUUGAGGCAGCAGCAACAGACCACCGACAGUCAACUACAAGCAAUGGUUCAACGCCUUCAAGGUAUGGAACAACGUCAACAGCAGAUGAUGGCAUUCUUGGCCAAGGCUGUGAACAGUCCUGGAUUUCUUGCACAAAUUAUGCAGCAGCCAAAUGAUAGCAGUCGGCGUAUAGCAGAAGGCAACAAGAAGCGGAGACUUACUCAAGAUGGUUCUUCAGACGAUGGAGCUGUCAGCCAACAAGAUGGACAAAUUAUCAAGUACCAACCACUGAUUAAUGAGGCUGCGAAAGCUAUGCUUAGGCAGAUUAUGAAAGUAGAUUCUCCUUCAAUACUAGAAACCUUCAGCAACUCUGAUAGUUUCUUGAUUGGUGAUGGGUCAUCAAAUUCUCCAACAUUGGACUGUGGGAGUUCUUCAAACCGUGUUACAGGAGUGACACUUCAAGAAGUAUCCCCUGUAUCUGGGCCAUCGUUUGCCCCGUUAAGUUCUUCAAUUAGUGUUGGUUCUACUGCAACAACGUCUGAUAUUCAAUCACCAUGCAUUGGAGCACCUCCUGAAGCUGUGACUAAUCAAGCUUUAGGAGGGAACCCUCUUAUUGGCACUCAGGAAGCACCUUCUGUUAGCCUUCCAUCAACAGAAGCUAUGAUACCGGAGCUCUCUCAAAUGGUGCCCGAAACUAGUGCUGAUAUCCUGGGACCAGAAGUAAAUGGUAGCCUUUUCAUGGAUCCUGCAUCUUUGGCAGUGGGUGGCAAAAUUCCAUUCGACAUGGGUGGUGGGAUUCCCUCCGAUUCUCAUAUGGAAUGGGACGACACCUUACUGGAUGAGAUUCCAGAGCUUCCUGGAGUAAGCGAUCCCUUCUGGGAGAAGUUCCUUCAGAGCUCAUCUCCAGUUGAGACUGACUCCAGCACGAUUGAUGAUCUUCAAGAGGGAAUUGAAACACAGCAAUCAGCAAAUGGAUGGGACAAGGCCCAGCAUAUGGUGCAGCUUACAGAGCAGAUGGGGCUUCUUUCAUCAGAUGCCAUACAUAAUAGAUAAGUCAGGAAGAAAAAUGAAAUAAAGCCAUUGAAGAAUAUGAGGUAUGAAUCUCAGUGUCUGGAUAUGACACAGCAGUUGGAGCUUUUUUAAUUAGAAGUCAGGUUAGUUUACAUUUAUUAAGCGUAUGAUGUUUUUCCCCCGCAUAAUUCUAGUAAUGUUGUAAUCCUGAUAAGUUUGUCUUGGUUGCCAUCGCUGGUGGCCUAACUUUUAUAUUCAGAAGUUAAUAUGUUUUUCAUCA